AGUUGUCUCACUUAAGAAGUUACCUGGGGUGAUAGGACUUCACAGAGCAGCAGAACGCACCUCUUAAUGAAAACUGAAGUCCUGCCAUCCUCUCAGAGCCCCCAGUACCCAGCCUCUGAGAGGGGAGGACUGCAAGGAGGUCUGCAUUGUUUGUUCAUAGGGACAGGGAUAAAAACAACAGCAGGACGUGUUUAUUUUCAUCAACAACUGGAAAGUAAUUUAACCUGCCAAUGCAACCACUGUGAGAGGGAUGAAUGAAGAAGCUGAAAUGUGACUGUCUUAUGAUUAAAUAAGAAGGAAGACCCACUUCACUUUUUCACUACCUGGGAAGAAAGUGAGCCCGGAGUGAUGACAGCCAGCAAAAGCCACAUACAAGACCCUGACAGAGGAUGAAGCCAGAAGCAAAGACAGCACACGGCCAUGCCAUGCCAAGCAGGAGCUGCUCGCAGCGAAGCCGCCUCGUUACCCGCGCUCUGCACCGCCGCCGGAGGCUGCUCUUUGUAUCCUUACAAAGACUCCUGCGGGCUUUGUCAGCAGGCGCCCGGGAAAGAGCGGGGGUGGGGAGCCCCAACCGCGUCCCUUCGGGAAACUGCUCGGCGGCCCCGGUUAUUGCCCAACCCGCCACCGAGCUGGCGGCCGCAGCGCGGUCACCGCAGCCGCCCGCGGCCGGUGGGAACACGGCGGGCAGCCGCCUGCCCACGCAGGUACCCGGGGAGGGAGGCUCAGCCAGCGGCAGAGCCCCGAGCGCGCUCCCGACCCCAGAGCCACGCACGAACGGGCACACAGCCCCGGGCCGCCGCCUGCGGACACGCUCGGAAGCGGCCGCCUCUCGGCCGUCCCCGCUGAAGCUUUCCUGCGCCCGGCAGCGCGGCCGCGCUCUCCCCGCAUCGCGUCUCCGCCGGCGCCGGCCGCUCACCCCUCAUGGAUCCGCCGCCGGUGCGGGACGAGGGCCGUUACCGCCUCCCGGGCCGCGCCAUCGCCGCGCCCUCGCUAAGGCACACCCGCUGCGAGCCGCCGAGCACAGCCAGAAGCGGCCGAGGUCUCCGCUUGCCCGCCCGGUGAGCAAUGUGGCGCAGCCGGCCGGGGAGCGGCCUCCCGGGGCUGCAGCCGUGAGGGAACGGCGCGGAACUACAGCUCCCGGCCGGCGCCGCUGCGGCAGCCAGACGGGCCCGGCGGCGGGGCCGCCCCGGGCAUGCUGGGGACUGUAGUCCGGCAGGAAGACGGGCGGCUUCCAGCCGGUAGAGGCGGCAGGGAGGCGGC